CGCGCCACAAGCCUCACUGCCGAACCAUGGCCGAAGGGGAAAUCACCACCUUCACAGCCCUGACCGAGAAAUUCAACCUGCCUCCCGGGAACUACAAGAAGCCCAAGCUCCUCUACUGCAGCAACGGGGGCCACUUCCUGAGGAUCCUUCCCGAUGGCACGGUGGACGGCACCAGGGACAGGAGUGACCAGCACAUUCAGCUGCAGCUCAGUGCGGAAAGUGUGGGGGAGGUGUAUAUAAAGAGCACCGAGACCGGCCAGUACUUGGCCAUGGACACCGACGGGCUUUUAUACGGCUCCCAGUCACCAAACGAAGAAUGCCUGUUCCUGGAAAGGCUGGAGGAAAACCAUUACAACACCUACGUUUCCAAGAAGCACGCGGAGAAGAAUUGGUUCGUUGGUCUCAAGAAGAAUGGAAGCUGCAAGCGUGGUCCUCGGACUCACUAUGGCCAGAAGGCCAUCUUGUUCCUCCCCCUGCCAGUCUCCUCUGAUUAAGGAAGUCUGUUCAGGGUGCUGACCACUCCAGAGGAGUCUCACGGGAUCCUCGUCCCACUGACCCCCAGAAUGUUCCCUUGACCAUUGGCUGCACUAACCCUUGGCCCACCGAGCCUGAAUUUGUAAGCAA